AUCGUAGCAAGCGUCUCUUUGGAGCGUAGUAGCUUCGAACAGUUUACCAGCCAACGGACAAUCAUUCGCCUGUGAACAGUGAAGCAGUGAAAACCUUUCCGCGAUUUCGGAGAUCACGAGUUUUGGAAAACUGUCUGCCGUGGAAAAGUUUACCAAAACAAUAGUGAGAAUUUUCUUUGUUUCAUAGUAGUGAACAGUUAAUGAAAAGUUGAAAAAGAAUUUGUCUGUUGGGUUGAUCCAAGGUGCUUAGUGAAUUUAUCUAACUUUAGUGUGCCCUAGAGUGUGAUCAAAUAGUAGAAUUUUUUCCAUAGCAAGUUAGAACAAAAUCCAGACAAGUAACAAUGAGGCCUCCAUCGCAUUUUGGUAACGAUAUUACCAACACCGCUGCCAAUGAUGGCAAUAAUAACAACAACAGCAGCAGCAACAACGGAAAUGGAGAUGACAACAAUAACAACAACAGAAAUACUAUUGUGGCCAGACUAACAGAGAUGGGAGCUACGAUGAUGUUUCCCAAGAUAGCAGGACGCGGUAUCAUACGGGUUGUAGAGCGAUGCGAUGAUGCCAAAGAGAACAACAAUCUAGAUCUCUCCGAGUGCGAACUGAUUCAGGUCCCAGAUGCAGUUUACCAUCUGAUGAGACACACUGAGCUGAAAACCUGUGAUCUUAGUGGUAAUGUCAUCACCAAAAUAUCACCCAAAUUUGCGAUCAAAUUUAGCUUGAUCACAGAUCUCAAUCUGUCGCACAAUCAAAUGGCCAAACUGCCGGACGAACUGGCCGAUCUGCACUCGCUGCAGAUGCUGGACAUCUCACACAACUCCUUUAUCACGCUACCCGCUGUCGUAUUCAAGAUGCAGAAGCUACGUGAACUGCGGGCAAACAACAACGCAAUCAUCGAUAUCGACCGGGAUGAGAUCAUCACGUCCGAUUCGCUGGAGUUGGUCGAUCUAAGACACAACCCGCUGACGCCCAUGUGUCACGAACUGCUGAAAAACGCCAACGUAUCUUUCCGGAUCGAACUAUCGGAGAGGGAGAAAGAGGAAUGGGAAGAUUUGACGAUCUGAGUUCCCGUACCUAGCAACUUCCUGCUGCCCGGAAUCGUAAUCAGAUAGAUGAUAGAUAAUGCUUAAGAGUAUUCUGUUUCAUUUCGUGUACUUUUGUAUUCGUUUUACAAAAAAAAAAUCGUACCAGAAAUCUUUCUAGCGUUAAGAAUGGAGCUUUUCUCAACAAUUAUACCUACGUGAACAUGCUCAGAAGUUACUUAAUUUAGUGAGAUUUGUGUGUCUACUGAUAACGGACUACUACUACCAAGUAAGUUGAUGAAGGGCAUCAUCGUGAACAUAGCCACUUUCUUAAUCUAAGGCCACAUCCCACAACUGUAUAGAGGAUACCUACUGUAUUUAGUGUAACUAACCUGUACUGUAUUAUACACGUUUAAAACACCGUUGUCUCAAAGCGUUGCAUGCGAACGCUGGGUGCUUGGCAAGAGAUAAAUGAUUUUUUCUUGGGACUGAGGGAAAAUUUUGAUCUAGUCAUUCGGAUGUGGUUGCAACGAUCAAAAUUAUUGUCACUAGAGGCGACGUUUGCAAACCGUGACCACGCGGCCUGCACACUUGUAUUGUCGUAAUAUAUAAUUUAUGAAAUAACGUGAGUGAUAUUACCUAUUAGAAAUAUAAACUAACACGGCUGGGAAAAAACCGACCGCCAAGCAGAUUUGAACGUUUAUCAAAUAAGAUCAAAAAGUGUGAUGAUGUGAAAUAGCGUAUCAGAUGAUAGUUUUGGACGAAAUUUUCAUAGAAUGUUAAAUAAAGAAUACGUUGAUGGAUUA